AGGAAGCUAAAAGACGAGCCAAACGCAUCCAAUUUCGUCGAUUCGCCGAUCAAUCCAGCUCGUUUUUGAUUCUUUUGUGCAGACACUUAAAGGGUUUUACAGAUCGAAGUCGAGGAAGAAGAAGAAGAAGAAAUGUUUCUCACUAGGACUGAGUAUGACAGAGGAGUCAACACUUUUUCUCCUGAAGGGAGGCUAUUCCAAGUCGAGUACGCCAUUGAAGCUAUCAAGCUUGGUUCUACGGCGAUUGGAGUAAAGACAAAAGAGGGAGUUGUGCUUGCUGUCGAGAAGCGUAUCACCUCGCCUUUGCUGGAGCCAAGCAGUGUGGAGAAGAUUAUGGAAAUUGAUGACCAUAUUGGCUGUGCCAUGAGCGGUUUAAUUGCUGAUGCCCGUACUCUUGUUGAGCAUGCUAGAGUUGAGACUCAAAACCAUAGAUUCUCUUAUGGUGAGCCGAUGACAGUAGAGUCCACAACACAAGCGUUGUGUGAUCUGGCUUUACGGUUUGGUGAAGGAGAUGAAGAAUCAAUGUCUCGGCCAUUUGGAGUAUCCCUUCUCAUUGCUGGCCAUGAUGAGAACGGACCAAGCUUGUACUACACAGACCCGUCUGGAACAUUCUGGCAGUGCAAUGCAAAGGCAAUAGGUUCAGGCUCGGAAGGAGCUGAUAGUUCUCUUCAGGAGCAAUUCAACAAAGAUCUGUCACUUGCAGAAGCUGAGACGAUCGCUGUAUCUAUCCUCAAGCAAGUUAUGGAAGAAAAGGUAACUCCUAACAAUGUGGACAUUGCCAAGGUAGCUCCAGCAUACCAUAUCUACACUCCACAGGAAGUUGAAGCAGUCAUUAGUCGUCUUUGAGGAAGUUGCUCAAAUACGGUUUGAUGUAUCUUAUCCUCGUUGUGUCUCCUUUGGAUUUAAUAGACCUAAGAGGAUUCUUUCACUUUGGUCUUUUAGAUUUGAUGUUUCAUUUGACGGUUUUAGUUGUGUUGUGUAAGAGAAUCUCUUCUUUCCCAGUGUCAUUCAAUAACCUAUCGGAUUUUGUGACGGCUAAUUUCCAUUAAGAUAAGCUGAUGCAAAUGACCUAUCUUUUCUUGAAACUAAUGUUCAGUUGUUUGAAGCU